UCUACAGUUUAACGGUUUUCCUGUCAAAUUUCACUUCACACAUACGUGCACACGUAUGCUCUCUUAGGAUAUAUUUUCUCACUUCUCCAGCUUGAGUACACACACACACACACUGUAUGAUAAAUAAUCAUAUAUUAUCAUGGUAGGAUAUUGUCCAAUCUGUGGGAAGCCUGUCUACUUUGGUGAGAAGAAGAGGUCCUUAGGGAGGGACUACCACCCUCUGUGUCUGAAGUGUCAAAGGUGCAACAGACAGCUCACAGCUGGACAACAUGCCGAGUAUGAUGAGAAGCCAUUCUGCUCACACUGCUACCUGAAGAUGUUUGGUCCAAGAGGUAACAGGUGACUGGUGUCGCCAUGGCACAGUGCAUCCCCUCUACAGAAACCAGACUGAGAUAAAAUGCUGUCAUAAAAAGACACACAGGGCCUGUUUACUGGCCGGAAAAUUACUAAAUUCGUAAAUAAAUAUGAAUGAUAGACAGACAUCUAUAUAUUCACUUUAGCUGACUAUUAUUAACACCUCAACAAAAUUAAAUACCUAUAAAUGUGUGAUGACCCUUUAACGCCAUGUGUAUGUCAUUGUUCACUUUUAUAAUGUAACUUCAUUUUGUAUGUAGAAAAUUGUAAGUCUGUAUUGAUGAAUACAUGUUUUAAACAUUCCAACAUCAAA